AUGGCGAACGAUUUCUUUAAGGACAAAGUAAAUUUCAAGGGCUCCAUGGGAGCAAUUUUUGCUGUGAUGAAACUGAACAGCAGUCCCUGCGGAGUUCAUUACAGGGAGAGAGCCAGUGAACACCCCCACUGCUCCCCGGCCAAGAGGGAUUUAGAGGACCCAGAGGGACAGCUUAGUUUGCUCCUGGAGAUGGCAGGUCUCUUUAGUCUCAGGAUGCUGCUGCUCUGGGCUGGGCUCAUUGGUUUGGCUAACUGUCAAAGUGCAACAGAUGUUUCAUCCAGCUCACCUCCACGCAUACCUUCAGUAAACAACGAAUCUGUCACCUCCUCACCUCCACACACCAUGACAUCAGGCACCCAAACAACCGACCUCAAACCUCCACUCACCUUGCCAACCCCUAACUCACUCCCCUCAAAUCAGACGUACAAUUCAACUACCACGUCUGCCACUACUCCUACUCCCACACCCAAAACCAGCAUCCAAGCAGUCUCUCAAAACCAGUCCUCACCUGCAGUCACCCUGCCCACCACCACAGUGCCUUCUACCACGCAAGCCUGUUCCUACACUGUAACACCCAUCAAGUUUGGCUUCCAGAUUGACAUUAAAAGCUCUACCCCACGUAACUACACCAUAAACAUUAAUGAAGAAGGCCGACCAGACACUGGAAAAAACAUCACCGUCCAUCAGUCCAGUCAAAGCUCAUCACAUGAAAUCAAACACCUGAAGCCCUGCACUGAAUAUGAGCAUUAUGUGACACAUCUUGAUGGUGCUGGUGAAAAACACUGUAGCCACACUGAAGAUAAAACUAAAACGACUGACAUAAGUAAAGAUGACAUUGAAAGCAUGUCAGCUAGCAAUCCCUGGCACUGUUUUGUUACCGGAGUGACUGGGACAUCAGCUCUUUACUAUCAACCACAAAUGUCUGUGCGAUAUUUUACUACAAAGUUCACACCCAGAAAAGUUGUUCCGACCACUUCUUUUAGCUCAACCAAAAGCUUCAUCCCUGUUGAUUUCUUAAACGCAAGUGAAAUACAUCAGAUUGUUUCCACUAAACUUCCAGUGAAAAUAGAAACAAAAUUACCUCCAAACUGUAAAAAUCUCUCUGUUGAUUACACCUGCAGGGAGAGUGGCAGAGUCACUGAGCCUAAGCUGGAGUCGCAGCUGGAGUCGGAGCUGGAGCCGUUUACUGACUACAGCUGUACUGGUCAGAUCAAGGACAACAAUGUCACCAUUAAAAACACAACUGCUGUUUACGUCAGGAUUGACUGUGAUUUUAACAUAAUCGCCACAAAGAACAGAGUAACCAAUACGUCUAUUGGCUUGAGUUGGAGCACAACCAGUGACAAGUGUCAAGAAGUCCUUCAUGAGCUUGAUAAGCUUUCAUACGACUGCAGCUGUGGUCCUACUCCCUCCCAUCAGACACACAGGAGUAAAGCUAAACCAUCAGGAGGAACAUGUCUUGUUUCUGGACUGGAACCAUUCACCACAUACACCUGUGGAGUCAAACCCAUCUACAACAACACAGAGACAGAUGCUAAACAAACUCCAGUGACACAAGUGACUGAGGCUGGAAUACCAGACGAUAUUAAAGACCUGAGGACGUCAGAGCCAGAGCAUAAUGUGAUUAUAGUAACCUGUAUUCAUUCAGGAAAAUUUAAAGGUCAUACAGACGAAAAGAGAUACAGAGCAGAACUUCAUCAUGGUGGUGUCAUUGUGAAGGAACUUAAAGAGAAAGAAUGCAAGUUUGAAUUCAGGGACCUGAGUUACUCUACGACCUACACAGUGAAGGUCAUUGCUUUCAACACAGAAUUGGAGAGCAGGCCCAAGACAAAGGAAGUUUCUACUUUCUACAGUGACAAAGCUGUCAUUGGUUUUCUGGUCUUCCUCUUCAUCACCAUCACAUCUGUUGUGGUGUCUGUGUUGGUCUACAUGAUUUACACUAAGACGUGCAGAAAGUCCAGAAAUGAUGUGAAUGAAGAUGUGAUGCUUGAAUCAACAGCAAUUUAUGUUAAUGUACCAACUCCUGGAUGGCAUCAUUAAAAAACUUGCUGAUGAAGAAAAGCCUGAUGGAGCUGCAAACCAAAUCAUUUACUCUUUACUCUGCUGAGUUAUCAAAUGUUUAUCAAAGUAUGUAGUGAGUCUUUUGCAGUUAGACAAUUGAUUUCCAAACUUUUAACGAACUUCUUGUUAUUAGCUAAAAUCUCCAUUACUAUAUUAGAUGUAACUGUUUAAACUCUAUGGUACUUUUCUCACUUUGUUGCAUUUAAGAGUUUUAACAUGUUGCCUGUUGCUUUCACAUGAAUAUUGUAACAUGUUAGAAAUGAACUUUUUUUUUAUCGAUGUUUCUAAGCCCCUUGAGAGCUUUGUAAAAUAAAUAAAGUUACACCAACUAA